UGUGGUUGCCUGAACUUGCUAGAAGGCAGUACUCGCAGUAGAAGCCGAAGGGAGCCGAGUCGGUGCAGAACAGAGAGCGAUAAGAUCAGGAAUCAGGAUACCGUACUUACUUAGAUCGACCAAUAAAUUUUCACCGUGUCCUUGAUCCCUAGAUCUCCACAAGCUCCACAAAAUCAAGACGUUUUACACGUUUGAAGUCUUCCACUGCGGUCUGCGAUCAGUCUUAUCCUUUCACAGCCACAGACACUUGCAGGUUGAUACUGUCCAUUGUCCAAAGUGUCCACAUUGCAUUUGACAUUGCAUUUGCAGUCAUGUCAUCGAUAUUAUCAAAAUUGGUUCCCUUGACGUGGUCUUGUAUCGCUGGUAACUUGGGUUUCUCGCGUUCGAGUAUAUGUCCUGGAAACUUACAAGAAAUCCGAAUUCCAAGCAAGCAGAGCCGCUGGGUGGUGAAAGAGCGGUGUGGACAAUGAUCGUGAUGUAUGCUGUUCUGGGAAUUUAUACGAUUCUGAAGCUGAAGUUCAUGCGCCGCUCGGAUAACAAUGACAGACCACGGGAUGAACCGGCGGACAUCCAUUAUUUGGAUCAAUUUUUUACCAUGACUGUAUCCAAAUUUCUAAUGUUCUCAUUGGCGUGGACUUUUGGAAAAGUGGGACAGCGUGCGUAUGAGUAUAUGACCUGGAAAUAUCUAUAUUCCAAAGAUUCACAGGAAGCUCCAUUGGCCGGUGUGGAGGCGGCUUGGGUGACCGGGAUAGUGUUGGUUCCUUCUACCGUUUUCCUUAUGAUAUGUCAGACGUCUGAUUUGCUCAAGCGCCAUCAGAAUGGAAAAGCUGGUGAUGUCGGUCGCGCUCAAGAACACAAUCAUGUUUGAAACAACUUGGAGACAGGCAAGUCAUGACCCAGUGCAGUGGCGGUGCUGAACGUUGACUUUUUGCACUUGUGCGAGAUUGCAAGAAAAAAGUCAUACUUUGGGGAUUUACUGGUGGUGAGGUUUUUGCUUUGCAUGUUCUUUUUAAUUGAGUUCCAUUUUUCUCGUUUUAUGGUCGUAGCCGUCUUCUAAUCUCAGUAAUCUGGUUACCUGAAUGCGGCAGCUACCUAUUUUAAUUAAUGAGCACGACUGUGGUUCAUAAAAGGCAUGAUUUGGCUGUAGAAUAGACGUACAGAU